AUGUCUGCCAUUAGGGAUAUUAUCCUUAAGCCACCGGAGGAUAACGUGUACGAUGUUCUGAAAGCUGCAAUCCUUCAGGUACACACCCUCUCUAACGAGGAACGGUUGCGCCAGUUGUUGGAUCGUCACCCGAUUGGUGAUACAAUGCUAAGCAAGCAUCUGGCACGUCUGCGCACGUUAGCCGGCCCAGCAAACGCCCACUCCGACAUUGUCAGAAGGCUGUUGCUCGAGUCAUUACCACAUCACGCCCAACCGACGGUAAUGGCUUUGCUAGAGGACGCCUCGAUCGACAAAGCUGCGUCGAUUGCUGACAAAAUGGUUGUACGUGUCGGUAGCGAGAAUAACUUUCUCGUUGCCACGACAUCGCAACCAUACAAAAGGAAUAGAGGUAGGUAUGCGGUAGGGCCUUCAGAGCCACGACCACAUUGCCUACAGCACCGCUCGUCCUUCAAGGACAGAGUACCGGUGCCCACUGCGAACCCAUGUAGAGCUAAGCCUAGGCUCGAACGGGUAGCAUGGUCUGCCCACGUUAGCCAAAAGCAAUCCAAUCAGAAGCCAUCACAGCGCAAACCACCCAAAGCCCCGGAUGACCCCAACUGCUGGUUCCAUCGUGGCUAUGGCUAUAGGUGA